AUGAAUUCCUACAAGACAGCAGGUUUGCGAAACUCACACACGAUCGCCAUCUUCGACAAGCACAUCCUGCUAGGCGACGUUGGCCGCUCAAGUCCUUGCCUCAGUACCAUCUCCCAGGCCAGCAGUGUAUCCAUGGCAAGUGGGAGCAUCAAGAUGACCAGCUUUGCAGAGCGUAAACUUCAAAGAAUUAACAGCCAUGAGGCUAAGUCGAGCACCAGUAGCUCACAAAAGACUACCCCAGAUGGCUCAGAAUGUGGUCCUCUACCCUUGACCACUUGGAGACAGAAACGAGAUCAGAGCCCUACCAGGCAGAGCAAAGACAAUGUCCACGUUCUAGCUUCUGAGCUAGUACAGCUUCACAUGCAGUUGGAGGAGAAAAGAAGAGCGAUAGAGACACAGAAAAAGAAAAUGGAAGCCUUGUCUGCAAGACAAAGACUAAAGUUGGGCAAAGCAGCCUUUUUGCAUGUUGUAAAGAAAGGGAAAGCUGAAAGUAUUCCUCAGCCCUUAAAACCAGAUUACCUUUCAAAAGAGGAACCAAAGGUCAAUGGGGAAAGCUUUAUUUUGUCUGUGCAACAGUCUAGAGCUGAAGAAGUUUCCUCAAACAACAACCUUCAACAUCCCCAAGAAGUGCCCAAAGAAAAGGAUACACAAGAAAGCAGAAGUACAGUGAAAUGGGCAAGAGAAUCUCCAACUCCACCUACUGUCCUGGAUACAGACAAUAAGUUAAAUUCCACAAUCUUGUUGGAUGACAGUGGUUCUGAAAUUGACAUGAAUGAAUGCAACCGGUCAAUUGACAUGUUGAAUAAUGCUAUAAGCACCAUUCAACAGCAAAUGAUGCAGCUUUCCCUACAGCAGGAUCUACUGAUGAAACAAAAUGUUCAGUCUCCUAGCACAACUUCCCCCAAUGGUAAAAGUAGCCCACCUGAACAAAAAAUCAGGCCAGCUGUGCAUUUUAUGGAACCACUUUCUCCAACGGGAAAUGGGACAGUGCGUAAGCCUCCUCGUUUUGGUCUGGGCCGGAGUCCUCGUUCAAAGCCGACAGACCUAAAAUUUUCAAAAGAAAAACAGCAGAGUGCCCCUCGUAUUAUUACACCAACUCAAAGCAUAGAAACGCUUCCUCAUUUAAGACACUUCCCAGGUAACAGAACAGCUAAAGCUGAGCCAGAAGAUGCAAGUCCUAUCAGCGGUGUUCCUGUGGAAUCGAGAAGUGUUAUUUUAGAAAAGGGCUCACCGAGGUCUACUUCAAACGUCAGACUGCACGAUGAGGCCAACCAGCGGAUAUUUGUACUUUCUACUUCUAAAGAUACUAACAACGUUUCAGAGCAAGAGUAUAAUGAAUGUCAAGCUAACCACCUACAAGAAGCAGAGUUAAACUCUUCUGAUGGUUCUGGGAAGGAGAACGUUCCUUUUGAAGAGUCAUCGAAAAGUAAAACUCAACUCAUUGAAGUGGAUCUUUCUGACUUGAAGGCACCGACUGAAGAAGGGAGCUUUGAAAUUCAGGACACAUCGACAGACACGAUGGGCGAGGGAGACCAGAAGUCUGUUUUGGGAUUCUUCUUCAAGGACGAGCAGAAAGCUGAAGAUGAGCUGGCAAAAAAACGUGCUGCCUUCCUCCUGAAACAGCAGCGUAAGGCUGAGGAGGCUCGUCUGAGAAAGGGUCUGCUCGAGGCAGAGAUUGAACAGAAACGCGAGGAGGCGAGGCGCAAAGCAGAGGAAGACCGAAUUCGUAAGGAAGAGGAGAAGGCCCGGAGAGAGCUAAUCAAACAGGAGUACCUGCGACGGAAACAACAGGAGAUAAUUGAGGAGCAGGGACAGGGGAAACUCAAAACAAAACCCAAGAAGCAGAGGCCCAAGUCUGUCCACCGGGAAGAAACCUACAGCGACACUCCAUCCAAGUGCUCUUCUACUCGAAUACCUCGCAGAAAACAAAUCCCGACUGCCUGCCGGAGUCCCGGUGACAUUUGGGGAGCUGAUAACUUGAGCAGUGCCCAGUCUGGCUCCAGUCUGUCUUUGGCUUCAGCAGCUACCACUGAAGCUGAGAGCGUGCACUCUGGUGGGGCUGCAUCUCAGCGGGGGGAUUCCGUGGAAUCAUUCCUUGGGCUGAGCAGAAAUGCCAGCAGAAACACUGAGCGAGACUGGGAGAAUGCAUCGACAGCAUCCUCGGUUGCAUCUGUGGCUGAAUACACUGGUCCAAAAUUAUUCAAGGAACCCAGUGCAAAAUCAAACAAAACAAUUAUCCACAAUGCUAUUUCACAUUGCUGCUUGGCUGGAAAAGUCAAUGAACCACACAAGAAUUCAAUUUUGGAGGUAAUUGAGAAGUGCGAAUCCAAUCACCUAAUGAUCCUCUUCCGCGAUGCUGGCUGCAUGUUCCGUUCACUUUAUUCCUACUUCCCUGACACUGAAGAGAUCCACAAGGUGACAGGCACUGGGCCAAAGAGCAUCAGCAAGAAAAUGAUCGACAAGCUUUACAAAUACAGCUCUGACCGGAAACAGUUUAACGUGAUCCCUGCCAAGACGGUGUCCGUCAGUGUGGACGCUCUGACCAUUCACAACCAUCUAUGGCAAGUCAAGCGGCCGUCGGCUCCAAAGAAAUCAGGGAAAUGAAGAGUGAUUCUGGAGGGAAACUUUUUUGCUUUCGUCCUGGACAGAACGCGUCGACAUCAGCACUGUAUAUUUUCCAGUAGAAACUUUAAAAGGUUUUUCGGAUCUAACUUACAAAUGGGACACAGUAAAUGCUGUGUAGGAACAUGAGAUUGUAAUCGUUCUGAAGGAGUGCUAUUUUGGAAUCUCAGAAUUGUCUUUGGAGAAACAGAAAUAAGCUGGAUCUUGGUGCUGUCUGUUCAGGUUUUUUAAACAAAAUGCAUGUGGCAAAUUUUCUAACCAGUGGAUUUCUUUUUACUUGAAGUAUUGUUUGGCACUAGUUGUGGAGUAUAUUUAUUUGCGGAUCCACUCUUUUGAAGCGACAGAAAAAUCUUUGGAGGCAGGAAACUUGAAUCGGGGAUUCUGUAUCCUCUACCCUGAACCAGGAAACUAUGGAGUGGACAUAGAUUCCUUUUACUGGCUGGAGCGAAAACACUACACUUGUUCUUUAUAAUAUAAUUCUGACAUCACAUAAUGCAAAUCAUCAGAUAAUAUACCGCCAAUGUGUCUCCCAACUUCUCUCAAAACAUGCUGCUCGGAAACAUUUUUCUAUUUUAAACAGAAAAAACCCUGAGAAACACUAUAGGCAUUCAUUUACUGUGGUACUGUUUGUCUAGUUGUAUCUGCUUUUAAUAUAGAAGACUGGUUUAUUGAAUUCAGGAUCACAGCACUGGUGGCACAGAAUUAUGGGAAUAUAAUAAAAAGAAAAAAGCUACUUAAUAAAGCUAAAACCUUUGACAGGUAAAUUGGUACAAACGUUUGUUUAUUUUUUAAACCUAUGUAUGGUCUAAAGCAGGGUUUGAGAUCCCUGGUCUAAAGGGUGAAAACAGGUGUUAUUUUAUUUGUUACAAUAAGAAAUUGUUAGAGGUAUUUCAGCACUGGGCACGGUAUUCCUCUAUGAAGGUGCACUUUCAGAUCACAUU